AUGAAAUUCAAUUGGAUUUUGUUUGUUUCGAGAGCAUUAGCAGAGCUGCUGAGUACACAAGACAUAGCAGAUAAUCAAAGCUGCCAGAAACCUGAAUUCUGUAUAGCUAACGAUACGAUAUUCGAUGUUGAGCCACGGAUUGAGCCAGGCUCAGAAUUGGCAACACAGGUCAACAAUUUUGAUAUAGAAAUACUCUCAGAAAUCAAUAAUUUAGAUUUUAUACCAACAUCCACACCUGCACCACUCCCAAUUCCAACUUCACCGCUUAAAGAUAGAUUCAAUCAUGCUUCCUCUGAUUGUGCAGCUGUUAUUUUGCAGUCUACACCAAAUUCAUCUGGUGCUUCUGCCAUUUUAUCUGAAAAGAAGGAUAGAUACAUGCUGACGCCAUGCAACACAUCAAAGCGUUGGGUUAUUACAGAACUCUGCAAUGAAAUACGUAUUGAUACAAUCGUAUUAGCAAACUACGAAUUCUUUUCCGGUGCUUUCAAAAAGUUUAGAGUUAGCGUUUCCCGCUCAUGGCCAGUCUCUGAGGAAGGUUGGUUGCCUGUAGGUGAAUUUAGAGCAAGGAACGUUCGAGGUGUUCAGACUUUCCAACUACCACGACCUACACCUGAUUUCUAUAGAUAUUUGCGCAUUGACUUCUUGGAUCAUUACGGAAACGAGUACUACUGCCCGCUAUCUUUACUUAGAGUUUACGGUGUUGAUCAGAUGGAAGCAUUUAGAUUGGAGGAAGAUGUGGAAUCUACCAAUAAGGUUAAUGAAGAAACACCUGCUGUCUUUCACGAUGAUUUCCAAGAUUUGCAUAAGUUCUUGGAAAGUUCUCAAUUUCAAGACGACAUUUAUGCGUCUCCUGAGGAGAUUGAAGCUUUUGAGAGGACAUUAUAUCAAGAGGAUUCUUAUUCACCAGCAGAUCCUGCCCCUGUACCACCUGUACCACCUGUACAACCUGUACAACCUGUACAACCUGCACAACCUGCACAACCCGCACAACCUGUCAAAAACGGUAAUGAGACUGAAAACGGGGAAUUUGAAUCGACCAGGUCAUACUCCCCUCAGUAUCAACAGCCUCAGAGAACGCCGUCGCAGGUAAAUGCCGGUGAAUCGAUUUAUAGAACCAUCAACAAAAGAUUAGCGACAUUGGAAGCUCAGUCACAAAUGCUUAGCAGGGCUCUCAAGGAUUCAAGACUUGCUCAGAGGGGCCUAAGUGGUAAAGUCGAGUCACUUGCUCUGAGAAAUGAAGUACGACUAGCUGAGACUAUCAAGGUCUUAGAUCAGUCACACAAGGAAACACAAGACGAGAGAGAUAGAUUAAAGUCAGAAGUUUCUUAUUUGACAUCUGAGGUGAUGGUUGGGAAGAGAUUGAGUAUCGCUCAGAUUGUUAUAUUGCUGGCAGUGGUAUGUAUCGGUAUAAUAACACGCGGGUCGACAACGACGAUACGACCGCUGAAAAGGAGAUUUAGACGGGAUACAUCGCAAGCCACGCCAAUGCAGAAAAGUACAUCACUACCUCAGGGUGAGUAUAAACCAAACUCAACAAGGUCUAGGGCUGCUUCCGUUCAAGGACUCAAAUUGCAGCUCGAUGGGGAGGAUAAGGACAAUGAACAAUUUAAUGCGAAUCUGCCUGCAUUCGUACAUCAAAAGACUUGA